GUUGUUGUUGUUUUUUAAUCGUUAUUAUUUUUUGGAAAACGGAAAGAGGAUGGGAUUCGAGCUGGAUCGCUUCAGCGGGGAAGUGGACCCCGACUUCAAGUGCAACCUGUGCAACAAGGUGCUGGAGGACCCGCUGACCACCCCCUGCGGCCACGUGUUCUGCGCCGGCUGCGUGCUGCCCUGGGUGGUGCAGCAGGGCAGCUGCCCCGCCAACUGCCAGCGCAUCUCCGCCAAGGAGCUCAACCACGUCCUGCCCCUCAAGAGCCUCAUCCUCAAGCUGGACAUCAAGUGCGACAACCACGCGCGGGGCUGCGAGGCGGUGGUGCCGCUGCAGCACCUGGGAGAGCACGCCGAGACCUGCGACUUCUCCCCCGCCAAGUGCCGCAACCGCGGCUGCCGCCAGGUGCUCAACCUGCGCGACGUGGAGGCGCACAUGCGGGAGCGCUGCGAGGCGCGGCCGGCCGGGCUGUGCGAGCAGGGCUGCGGCCUGAUGCUCACGCACGGCGAGCGCCGGAGCGGCGCCCACAGCUGCCUGCGGGGUGAAGAAACUAAAGCACUGACUCUCGUCCUUCAUCGUGACUCAGGCUCUCUUGGAUUUAAUAUUAUUGGUGGCCGACCGUGCGUGGACAAUCAAGAUGGUUCAGCCAGCGAAGGAAUUUUUGUAUCAAAAAUAGUUGACACUGGGCCUGCUGCUAAGGAAGGAGGGCUGCAAAUUCAUGACAGGAUUAUUGAGGUAUGUGAGUACACUAUCCAGUCUCUUUUAAUAGUCCGAGUUCUGUUGUCGUGUCUUCAAGUGGCAUGA